AUGCCGAAUAUAAAGCUCUACACCGCGAAACUUAGCCCACCGGGACGUGCCGUUGAAUUGACGGCAAAAUUGUUGGGACUUUCGCUUGACAUCGUGCCGAUUAAUCUGCUGGCUGGAGAUCACCGGAAGGAUGAGUUUCUGAAGCUAAACCCGCAGCACACGAUACCGAUAAUCGAUGAUGGUGGUGUUAUCGUGCGUGAUAGUCACGCCAUCAUCAUCUAUUUGGUGCUCAAGUAUGGCCAGGACCACAGCCUGUACCCGGAUGAUCCGAUCACGAGGGCCAAGGUAAACGCUGGUCUUCACUUUGACUCCGGUGUGUUGUUCUCACGGUUGAGAUUCUAUUUCGAACCAAUUCUAUACGAGGGAUCAUCGGAAGUACCGCAGCAUAAGAUCGAUUACAUGCAGAAGGGCUAUGAGCUACUGAACGAUGCGUUGGUAGAUGAUUUUAUGGUGGGGAAUACGCUGACCCUCGCCGACAUCAGUUGCAUCGCAACGAUAGCAACGAUGGAAGAGUUUUUCCCGAUGGAUCGUACCAAGUAUCCGGCACUCGUGGCUUGGAUUGAUCGGUUGAGAAACACUUUGCCACAGUAUGAGCAGCUUAACCAGGAAGGGGCUAUCGAGUUUGCCGAAAUCUGUGAAUCUUUGAGACUGAAAAAUGCGAUCAAAGCUAACUAAAGCAGCUGCCGCUUCCAAUAGACGAUCAAAUUAUGGUCUUGAAAUUUGGAAUAGUUUCUCACAGUGCGUAUGCGUAACACACACACACACAAACAAGCAGACAAAAGGGGUUUGUUUACGAUCUUGUUGGUG